AUGCACGUUCUUAUCAUCGGAGGAAGUGGUCGCACUGGAAAGCUCACCAUUUCCGAGUUUCUACGUCAAGGUCACCAAGUCACGGCAUUGGUUCGCAACCCAGACUCGAUGGACGAUUGUCCAGAUGUCAAUGUCUUCGAAGGGACUCCAACAAACAUCGAAAACGUACGAGAUGUCUUCAAAAUUCAAACACCGGACGCAGUGGUCGUGACUCUUAGCGCCCCAAGAGCCUCUGACAGUCCAUUCGCUGCUCCGAUCUCUCCACCACGCCUAAUGGCCGACAGCAAUGCCAAUGUGGUAUCUGUCAUGAAGGAGUUCAACGUCCCCAAAAUCGUGAUUCUCCAAGCCUUUGGGGUGGGUGCUUCGUGGGAUAAUAUGCCCUGUUUGAUGAAGGGCCUGAUGAGCAAGUCCAACAUGAUUUACCAGUACAACGAUCACAACCAUACCGACCGCGAGGUCCGUCAGAGUGGUGUUACCUAUGUGAUGGUGCGUCCGUCGCGCUUAGUGGAAACUGAUGCUAUGGGGCUACGCGAGUGGCCAAAUGACGGGAAAGGUGUGCCAUUGAUGGGGUCUGCAAGCCGGAAGAGUGUUGCUUCUUUUUUGGUGAAUGUAGCUGUGCAAACAAAAUGGGAUAACUCUUGUCCUGUGAUCACAAACUGA